AUGGAGGGCGCUCUGACUGUUCGCCAGGCAAUAAAUGCAGGGGAUUCAAGCUUUGCCCCUGAGCCACAGGAAGAGUUAGAGGAGAAUCCUAGCCCAGUUGCGGAUGAGAAUCACACAGUGUCAGCAAAAAAACAGGGGCCAAAUUUACAUAACUGGAGUGGUGACUGGAGCUUUUGGAUUUCAAGUGCCACCUAUAAAGACAGGAAUGAGGAAUACAAAAGACAGUUUACACACUUACCUGAUACAGAGAAGCUGAUAGCAGAUUAUGCUUGUGCUCUUCAGAGGGACAUUUUGCUUCAGGGACGUCUCUAUCUUUCAGAAAACUGGCUGUGUUUCUAUAGCAACAUCUUCAGAUGGGAAACUACAAUUUGUAUUGCAUUAAAGAACAUAACCUUCAUGACCAAGGAGAAAACUGCUCGACUCAUCCCAAAUGCUAUCCAGAUUGUUACAGAAAGUGAAAAGUUUUUCUUUACAUCUUUUGGUGCCAGAGACAGAAGUUACCUCAGUAUCUUUAGGUUGUGGCAGAAUGUACUAUUAGACAAGAGCUUGACCAGACAGGAAUUCUGGCAGCUGCUCCAGCAGAAUUAUGGUAAUGAGCUAGGCUUAAAUGCUGAAGAGAUGGAAAACUUGUCUUUGUCAAUCGAGGAUACUGUGCAGCCAAGAAGUCCAGGAAGAAGCAGCUUGGAUGAUUGUGGGGCGAGAGAUGAAAAAUUUUCCAAGUCCAUCAGUUUUACACGAGAAUCAGUUAAUCGUGUUUCAGAGACAGAGUCAAUUGAUGGAAAUUCACCGAAAGGGGGGUUAGGGAAAGAGGAACCCCCAAGUGAGAAACAGAUCAAAAAGAGUCCUUUACUAACUUCAGAGAAGAGGUUAAGUAGAGUGCCAUCAAAAUCACUGGACUUGAAUAAAAAUGAAUAUCUUUCUCUGGACAAAAGCAGCACUUCAGAUUCUGUUGAUGAAGAAAAUAUGCCUGAGAAAGAUCUUCAUGGAAGACUUUAUAUCAACCGUGUUUUUCAUAUCAGUGCUGAGAGAAUGUUUGAAUUGCUCUUCACCAGUUCACGCUUCAUGCAGAGAUUUGCCGAUUCUAGAAAUAUAAUAGAUGUAGUGUCCACCCCUUGGAAAAUAGAACCUGGAGGUGAUCAACUGAGAACCAUGACCUACACUAUAAUCCUUAAUAAUCCACUUACUGGAAAGUGCACCACUGCCACUGAAAAGCAGACACUGUAUAAAGAAAGUCGGGAAGCACAAUUUUAUUUGGUAGAUUCAGAAGUACUGACACAUGAUGUUCCCUACCAUGAUUACUUCUAUACCCUGAACAGAUACCAUAUCAUCCGAUCCUCAAAACAGAAAUGCCGGCUGAGAGUUUCUACAGAUGUGAAGUACAGAAAACAACCAUGGGCCAUUAUCAAAUCUCUAAUUGAAAAGAAUUCCUGGAGUUCAUUGGAGGACUAUUUCAGACAGCUUGAAUCAAACUUAUUAGCGGAAGAAUCUGUGUUAAAUCAGUCCGUUGAAGACGCUGGAAAACUUAGUGGCUUACGAAGGAGAAGGCGAACAUUCAACCGAACAGCAGAAACAGUUCCUAAACUUUCUUCUCAGCGCUCUUCUGGAGAUGUGGGCUUGGAUGCCAAAGGGGAUAUUUCAGGAAAGAAAAAGGAAAUGGAAAUCUGUAAUACUGCCCUUAUUGUGGUGAUGAGUAUUUUUUUGCUGUUGCUAGUUCUGUUGAAUGUGACGCUGUUUCUGAAGCUGUCGAGGAUAGAAUCUGCUGCUCAGUCCCUUUACCGUCUCCACCUCCAAGAAGAGAAAUCUCUGCAUUUAGCCUCUGGUAUGCUGUCAAGAGCAGAAAGUAUUGAGAAGAACAAAGCCCAUCGUUUAAAAGGAGUGCUCCGAGACUCUAUCGUGAUGCUUGAACAGUUAAAGAGCUCACUUGUUAUGCUUCAGAGAACUUUUGAUCUACUAAAUAAAAACAAGACUGGCAUGACUGUCAAAAGCUAG